ACUGUAAAUUAAUAAAUCCUCUCUAAAACCCUAUUAUACCAGAAUCCAGAGAAAGGUCCCGCUCUAAAGUUUGCAACUUUCUACAAACCCAUCCAUGGCGGAAGCCGGUAUCCGUGAACUGCAUGACCCCAGGCCGGAGAUUCUUCGUGGCUACGAGCUUCGUCUCCUUCGCUGCACUUACUCUGCUCAAUCUCAACCCCAGUCUUCUCCAUCUUCCGACGUUCCUCUGCUUGCUACAAAGCUACACGAACACAUCAAUCAAGUUCUCAGCUUUAUCGAGAACGGGAACUAUCUCCAAGCUCUUUUCAUAGAUAUCGCUGCGGAGCUCUUCUCCUUUGGGUUUACUGGUGAGAGCGGAAAUGACUCCGACGACCGAGUUUGCUCCGAGUUGCGGGCAAACGUUGAGCGGUUUGUAAUGAAUGGAACUGAUAGUAACGAUGUUCAAGAAAUUGCCUGCAGAGCGUUCCUCGUUUUGUCUAUUGGCGUUGCCGCGCUUUUCUACUUCACUCAAUCCAACAUUACCGGACCAUUGGAUGAGGUAUCUCCUCUGCCAAUUAAAUUUACAGAAGGUGAAGAGGAGAUCGACUGGGAAGCGUGGGCACGUAAUCAGCUUAUGUCUGAGGGUGCAGACUUGCUUGGCAAGUUCUCUAAUCUUCAGUAUAUAGUUUUUGCUAAAAUCUUGGUCAUGAGGACGAAAGAUUUGUUAUUUGAAGGAAGCGUUUCUUCUACAUAUGGGAUCAGAAGCAUUUCAUGGUGGCUCUCUAGGGUGUUACUUACCAACCAAAGAGUUUUGAGCGAACUUUCUUCUUUGCUUUUUGAUCUGUUGCAACUGUAUGUGGGUGAGACUCUGGACCAUUUUGGUAUUGUGGAAAAAGUAAUAAGUUAUUGGGGUGAUAAGUUACUUGAUGAAGAAGCUUCUACUGUCGUCUCAAUUGCACACUUGGAGGCUGGCAUAAUGCAGCAGCUCUAUGGACGUGUCGAUUCAGGAAGAAGCCAUAUCGGUUCAGCUGAAGUUGCGGCAGGGCUUCAGCUAUCUGUUACUGGUGUUCUUGGAUAUCGUACUGUUCAUCAAGUAGAACCCAAGGCUCAAAAAGUGCUUGUUUCAGACAGAUUAAGCAAUGGUGGCACUGAUUCACAAUUUGAAAUUGCCAAUGAUAGUUUGGAUCCAUUGAAAAAUGAACCUUCUGAAUCAUGCGACAUACUUAAGAAACCAAAAUUGGUGGAGGUUGGUGGUCUUGGAGGUGCUACCCUUUUAAAUUCAACCCAACAAGCAGUGAUCCUGGCCCACUGUAUUAUAAUUCAGCAAGGUUCUCGGCAAGACGAAUUGCAAAAUUGGGAUGUUGCUCCAUACAUUGAGGCAAUUGAUUCUCAGCCUUCAUCACUGUUUGCUCUGCAAUAUUUUUGUGACCUCUUGCGUGUCCGUUGGGAGUCAACUCGUAGUCACACAAAAGUUCGUGCAAUAGAAAUGAUGGGAAAGCUGGCUGAGAAUCUUGAAAAGCCUUUUCCUGGAGUGGCACAAAGGAUUCCAUUUUGCUAUGUAGCUAAUAUCCCUACCAUUCCAGCUCUGAAAAAGGAAUAUGGUGAACUCCUUGUGAGCUGUGGCUUGAUAGGGGAAGCUCUUAGAAUUUUUGAGGAUUUGGAGUUAUGGGACAGCCUGAUAUAUUGCAACCGCUUACUGGGAAAGAAAGCAGCUGCUGUUGAACUCAUUAAGAUGCGACUGUCUGAAAUGCCUAAAGACCCAAGGUUAUGGUGUUCCUUGGGUGAUGUAACAAACGAUGAUAGCUUCUAUGAGAAGGCUCUUGAGGUUUCAAAUGAUAGGUCAACUAGAGCCAAGCGUGCUCUAGCUCGAAGCGCGUAUAACAGAGGGGAGUAUGAGAAAUCUAAAAUGCUUUGGGAAUCCGCAAUGGCUUUGAAUUCUUUAUAUCCAGAUGGUUGGUUUGCUCUUGGUGCUGCUGCAUUGAAGGCUAGAGAUGUCGACAAGGCUGUGGAUGGGUUUACAAGAGCCGUUCAACUGGAUCCUGAUAAUGGGGAGGCUUGGAACAAUAUUGCUUGUUUGCAUAUGAUAAAGAAGAAGAGCAAAGAAUCCUUCAUUGCAUUCAACGAAGCAUUGAAGUUCAAUCGUAACAGCUGGCAAAUGUGGGAAAACUAUGGUCAUGUAGCCAUGGAUGUGGAUAACACCUGGAAGGCUUUGGAAGCUGUACAGAGAGUUGCAGAUAUUACUAGCUGCAAAAGAAUUGACGUCGAGUUAUUGGAUCGGAUUAUGGAAGAAAUGGAAAGGAGAACUUCAAAGAGGCCUUUAUCUAGUGAAGAUAACGAGCUCACUAGUCAAAGUGGCAACUCAGUUUGCAGCUCAGAAGCAGAAGGAAAGUCCAGGGAAACUUUGCAGUUGCUGGAACUGCUGGGGAAAAUUCUGCAGAAGAUAGUGAAAAACGUGAGCAGAGCAGAGAUUUGGGGAUUGUAUGCCAGGUGGCAUAAAAUCAAAGGAGAUCUUACUAUGUGCUCUGAAGCCUUCUUGAAGCAAAUCAGAGCAUAUCAGGGGUCCGAUCUAUGGAAAGACGGUGAUCGAUUCAAGAAGUUUGCUCAUGCUUCAUUGGAACUAUGCAACGUUUACAUGGAGAUUUCUUCCUCUACAAAUAGCCGUCGUGAGUUAUCAACAGCUGAGAUGCACUUGAGAAACACUAUUAGACAAGCAGCGAGCUUCUCAGACACACAAGAAUUCCAGGAUCUUCAAACUUGUCUGGACAAGGUUAGGGCGAAACUGGAAUCUCAUGCCGUUCUAGCUUCAUAGUUUCAGGAUCUUCGUGAAACGGAACAAUAAAUAUUUCGAAUUUUGGUAGAAGAUAUGUGCAUGUUACACAUGCAGCUGUUGUACAACAAAUUACCUGCUCAAUUUACUAUAGAAUCCAAUGAUCAACACAUGACAUUCACUUUCCUUAGCAAAUUAUUAUGUCUCUACAAUGAGAUAGUAACAAAGGAAUAUAACUUGCAGAACUUA